AUGAGUCAGCCAGCACAACAGCGUCCUGCACCAUUACCACAGCCCGGAGCGCGAGGCUGGAGGUUCUGGACCAUUUUCCCUCCUCUUUGUAUUGCCACCCUCUUCUCUGCCCUCGAAUCGACCGUCACGUCGACCUCACUGCCCGAAAUCACCGCUUCCCUGCACGCCGGGUCCAACUACACCUGGUUCGUCAACGGGUAUCUGCUAACCUCGACCGUCUUCAUCCCCUUCUACGGCCAGUUCGCCCAAGUCUUCGGCCGCCGCUGGCCGGCGAUGGUCGCCGUGGCGAUCUUCACGCUGGGCAGCGGCAUCAGCGGCGGCGCCAACUCGACGGCGAUGCUCAUCGCCGGGCGUCUCGUGCAGGGCCUGGGGGGCGCCGGGAUCGGCACGAUGACCAACCUGAUCAUCAGCGACCUGGUGUCCGUCCGUGAGCGCGGCAAAUACCAGGGCAUCAUCUUUGGGACCUUCGGCAUCGGCAUCGCGAUCGGGCCUGUCAUCGGCGGGGCGAUCGCACAGAGUGGGCACUGGCGCUGGGUGUUCUGGCUGAACCUGCCCCUCGGCGGCGUGACGCUGGUGCUGCAGUUCAUCUUCCUGCAGAUCACCUUCCGGAAGGUCUUCACCUUCACGCAGAAGGUGAAGCAGAUCGACUGGAUUGGGAAUUUUCUGCUGAUCAGCGCCAUGAUCGCCAUCCUCAUCGCCCUCUCCUGGGCUGACACUGUCUAUGCCUGGUCAGACUGGCACAUCCUCGUCCCAUUCCUGAUUGGGUUUGCGGGCCUGUUCACCUUCCAUGCCUUUGAGGCGACGCGCUUCUGCCGUGUGCCCACCAUCCCCGGCCGCCUGUUCUGCAACCGCACUAGCACUAUCACCCUCCUUAACACCUUCCUCUCCUCCAUGCUCAGCUACUGGCGCUCCUACUUCCUCCCCAUUUACUUCCAGAGCGUUCUCCUCGUCUCCCCGCAGCGCUCCGGCGUGCUGCUACUCCCUAGCGUCCUAAUCGCCGCCCCGGCCGCCAUUCUCUCGGGAUUCGCCCUGUCCCACUUUGGCCGCUACAAGCCCAUCCACCUCCUCGGCUAUGCCCUGAUGACCCUCGGCACGGGCCUGUACAUUGACUACGAUGCCCACUCCUCGCUGGCGAAGGUCGUGCUCUACCAGAUGGUCGCCGGCUUCGGCGGCGGUAUUCUUCUUACUACCUUCCUGCCUGCCGUGCAGGGCGCAAACCCCGCCAAGGACCUGGUUCCGGCGUCCGCGACGUGGGCGUACCUGCGUGCCUUCGGGAGUAUCUGGGGCAUCGCUAUCCCGUCGGCCAUCUUCAAUAGUCGGGUCUCGUAUUACGUGCAGGCCCGCGUGUCUGAUCCGUCUGUCCGCGCGGCGUUGGGUGGUGGGGGUGCGUAUGCGCAUGUCUCGGCGGCAUAUAUCCGGGCGCUGCCGGAUGGGGUCAGAGAGGAGGUGGUCGGGGCGUAUACGAGUGCGAUGAAGAGUGUGUGGGAGGUUUGUGUGGCGUUUUGUGCGGUGGCGGUGCUGUUAACAUUGCUAGAGGAGGAGAUCCCCAUGCGGACGACCGCGGUGGAGGGGGAUUCGGCGCUGAGAGAGAAGAAGAAGGAGGGUGGGAGUGCUGAUCCUGCGAAUACUGCUGGUGCUUCUGGGGAGAAGGAUGCUGAGGCGGGGAGAGUGGAGGAGACUAUUCCGGUUGCUUCGUCGAGUGAGGGGUCCGGGGAUGAUGGGCUAGCCAAUCCCUGGAAGGGUAAGAAGUCUGUUGUGGUACUAGUAGACUACCAGAACGACUUCAUCUCAAGCGCGCCCAGCCCUGCUAUGUCAGAACUGUCUACCACGAUUCCGAAGCUCAUACAAUGCGCCCGCAAUGAGGGAAGCGAAGUCAUCUUUGUGCGCUUCCUGGGAAACACCAGCUUCCAAGGCCCCAGCUGGAAGCACCGCAAUGCACUGCUUGGGAAAUCGGAGAAGUGCGUCGAGGGCACCUGGGGAGCGGAGCUCGGCCCGGGCGUCACCCCUGAGCCUGGCGAGCGGGUCUUUGAUAAGAAGGGGCUAUUCGAUCCAUUUCUGGUCCCGGAGUUCUCAGAGUACAUCACUAAACAGGGGUUCGAACAUCUGCUGCUGGCGGGGUUGUACAGUGAUGUCUGUGUUGAUGCCACGGCUAGGACGGCCUUUCAAAAGGGGUUCUGGAUCACUGUUCUGGAGGAUUGUACUGCUGCUUUGCAUUUAAGUCAGACCGAGCAUUUGAAGUUUAUGGAAAAGGUGUAUGGCGCCCGUGUCGGGAAAGUGGCAGCCUUUUUCGGGACGAAGGCUUAG